AUGUCUCUGCACGCAUUCACAAUAGCUCCCGUCAAUUGCUCACCCGAGUGCACGGCUGAUGGUUUGGUGUUGUUUUUUUAUGGCACAGAUCUGCCGAGUGUCACGUGCACGUACAGUCAGACGUCAAAGUACGUUCAAGCGAUGGGCAGCUGUCACCCCGGCAGGCACGGGGAUGUCAUCGUAUCGAAUGUGUGUGAUGUGGAGAUGAUCACCAAAACAGUUCGCAAACGGCCCAAAGCAGGCGACACCAGGCUGUCACUAGGAUCACUCAGCGACGACGACCACCCCGCAACCACCCCGACAUUCC